UCUAUCGUUUUGGACCGAAAAUCGCGAUCUCAGACAACACGAUUUUGGGAUCGUCAAAGCUGCGGUUUUUGCUUGGUGUAUAUUAAUAAUAAUAAUUUCGUCAAUAAUUUCACAUGAAUGCCCAAGGCUCUGUGUCAGCUACCGAUCAGAAAGCUGCAGGCUGCGCGUGACCAGAUCACGUGUUCGCCACCCAAGUCAGUGUGUAGCUUGUCAUUCAAUUUCAAGCAUACUUCCCCACUGACCAUACCGGGGAGAAUAUUGCCAUGGGGUUGAAGGAGUGCUUGGCCAACUGGGGUCUAAAAGAAGAGGCCCAGACGUGCAUAAUAACAGACAACGCUUCAAAUAUGGUCAAAGCAAUGGGACUUAACCAAUGGACCAGACUGCAGUGCUUCGGACACAGGCUGCAUCUUGCAAUUGGUAAGUACAAGAAUGUGUGUUUGUGCGAGUGUGUAUGUUUACAAGGUUACUACAAGUGUGAGAGUUCGUAUUAUCUGGGGACGAAGCGCCGAGAAGUUUGUUGUCAAGCUGUCGUUAGCUGACCAACUGUUAGCGCAAUGCUACUUUAACAUACUGUUUAUCCUAGGGAGAAAAAUGAACCCUUUCAUCGAAAAUGCUGUCAAAGAUGAGCAAAGAAUCAAACGGGCCACAGGACUUUGCAAGCAGCUGGUUGCGGUCUUCACUCACAGCUGGAAGAAGAAGGCGGCACUAAAACAGGCACAGCAAGACUUGAACCUACCUCAACAGUCACUGGUCACUGAAUGUCCGACACGAUGGGGCUCCCGGCAGAAAAUGAUUGGGAGGGUGUUGGAGCAGAGCAAGGCACUGUGCCAGGUUCUGUCUGAAGACAGGAAGACGCGGCACCUGGUCCUCACUUGGCAAGACACAGAUGUCCUUGAAUCUGUAAACAAUGCCCUCGGUCCUCUUCAGGAGUUCACAGACGCCCUCUCAGGUGAGGACUACGUAAGCGUGUCAUACCUGAAGCCAGUGCUCCAUCUCCUCAGAACAGCAACGCUUGCUGAAACUGACCAGGACACGAAUCUCACCAAGGAGAUCAAAUCAAGAGCUCUCCACUACAUUGAAGAGAAAUACAGCGACCCAGUGACACAGGAGCUCUUGGACAUCACAUCCUUCCUUGAUCCAAGAUUCAAGAAGAGCUACAUAAGUGAAGAGAAUGUCCCAUACAUCAAAGACAGAGUGAAGAUGGAAAUGGAACAGGUGGCACAAAAGGAGCAGAGGGCUUGUGUCACAACCCAUCCCAUGCCCCUGAGUGCAGAAGAAGAACCACCAUCCACCUCUACAAAGCGAAAGCGGUCACUGGGCAGCUUUUUCAAGACCAAGGCGGUCCCUGCUUCCUCUACUGUGCAGUUGGAGGAUACCAUUAAAGCAGAACUGGACAACUACCUCAUAACUCCUACCAUUGAUGGAGAGCAAGAUCCACUGGCCUGGUGGAGAGUGCACAAUGUCAACUUCCCAUGGCUUAGCAAGUUGGCUCGUAAGUACCUUUGCAUACCAGCAAUGAGUGCACCAUCAGAGAGACUGUUCAGUGCCAGUGGCAAUAUUGUCACAUGUCAGCGUGCAAGUCUGAAGCCAGCAAAGGUUGACAUGUUGGUUUUCUUGGCCAAAAAUCUCUGAAGGGAUGAAGGGGAAGAUUUAUUGAUUUUUGUUGUUGUUCUUCUGCACCUUACCCUGACAUGUCUUUGUUCCAUUAAAAAAGGUGUUCACUCUUUUUUACUUAUCUUUUGUUUACAGACUAGAUGUUAAAUAAUGUAACCAGUUGGACAUCUUUUGUUGAUGAGGAAAAUGUAUUUUUUUUAUUAUUAUUAUUAUUUAGUUUUACUACCUUUACAUUUCACUUCCUCUUGCCACUUUAUUUGAAGCAGCACAGGUUUCUGGAUACACGGGUUGAAUAUCUGUAACUGCUGCUGAUGUUGAGGUUCAUAAGCUAGCUCCUUUGAGCCAUUUUGCACUACUUUUAAGGUAAGACUUCUUUUUUUGCUCCACUUUGUUGUUACACUGAAACUUGUUUAAAUAAAAAAAAUCGUGGAGAAAUCGAAAUCGCAAUCUCUGCCAGAAAAAUC